AUGCAACUUGAGUUGAAUGCUCUGACUCGCACACAGACCUGGGAAAUUGUUCCUCUUCCUAGUGGCAAGAACCCCAUUGGGUGUAAAUGGGUGUACAAGGUGAAAUUUAACGCUGAUGGGAGCAUUGAUAAACACAAGGCUCGCUUGGUAGCUAAAGGUUACUCACAACAAGAGGGCAUUGAUUAUUUGGAUACUUUCAGCCCUGUUGCGAAGUUACCGACUGUUAGAAUCAUUCUUGCGCUUGUUGCUUGCUACAACUGGUCUCUGCAUCAGAUGGACGUGUCUAACGCAUUUUUGAAUGAGGAUUUAGAUGAGGAACUGCUCAUGCGGACAAUUCUUUGUUCUUCUGACAUCAUGGUUCUGGAUUCGUUGCUGUACUUGUUUAUGUCGAUGAUCUACUGA